AGUACAACAACUUGCUUAGUUGUUCAUUCAUAUACGAAACUUGCACAGAUUCCAGCAAAAGGGCGCUCUGAUUUUUAAUGAAACGGAAGAAAUCGGACUCCCUAACUUAACACGUAUACAUAACGGGAGCAGAAGAAUUAUCCUCGCUUCAUUUAGCAGUUCGGGGAAAAUUCGCCUUUGAUUUUUAUACUCGAUUACAAGUUGGACGCACAUAUGGGCUCCGCUUAACACUAUUUAAGAGGCCGGUUUUAUCACAAAAUACCCCUCGCGAUUCCAAGAGCCGGAAAAUCUAGACCGUGGAGUUUAGCUGGCGUCUGGAGCUGCUUCCUGUGGGCAGACACGUUUGGGACUGUGUUUUGCAUAUUGUGAAAGCAGUAUUUUACGAGCUGGAACCACUUGGGACCAGAACUUCGCGUGCGCUUUGACAACUCAUUAGUGCAAAGAAUCGCUGAUCCUAAAAGCACCAUCAAGGGGAAGGAAUUAUCUGAUCUAAAAACAGGCCAUCUAUUAGCGAAUUCACUUUGCAAAUUUAACCUGGACAGCUGGAGUUCAGAGAAAGAGGGAAGCCAGUCGGUGAUCAUUGAAACGGUGAAGGAAAUAUAGCAUGAGCACAAAGAUGCCAUCCGCGACGCAAUCUUACGCAGAAAAAUUCGCCGCAAACUGGAAGGCUCAGAAUCCUACAGAAAAUGGCGAGGAUAAUAAUUCCCUUGAUGACAGUUUGACCAACUUGCAAUGGCUUCAUUCGAUAAGCGUUCAGGACAUUGCUCCGAACCAACCGAUAGCAAACAGUACAACGUCCGCAGAGUCCGUAACAUCAGACUCGGAACAGAGCGAAAGUGGUGAUUCGAAAAGCUCAGAAAGUAUAAGUAAGGAACCUAAUAUCGAUUACAAGAACGAUCCUAACCACAAGCCACCGUACUCGUACGCGACGCUUAUAUGUAUGGCUAUGAGGGACACGAAGCGAGUAAAAAUAACACUGAGCGCUAUUUACAAGUGGAUCAAGGAAAAUUUCAUGUUUUACAGAGUUGCCGAUCCGACUUGGCAGAACUCAAUUAGACACAAUCUAUCCCUCAAUAAAUGCUUCGUAAAAGUUCCCCGUAAAAAGGACGAACCGGGAAAAGGCGGAUUCUGGCGGAUCGAUCCAGCCUACGCCGACAUGUUUGUUGACGGAGUCUUCAAGAGACGACGCGGUGUUAACACACAGAAGACUUCCAAGAAAAAUAAAUCCAAAAAGCGUGCUUUCGAGGAAGAUAGAAAGAUGCGUAACGAAGGAGAACAGAGACCAAAGCGACAGAAAAUGAACCUUCUCAGGAUUACGGAUCCCUCCGUUUUGUUUGAAGACGAUGAUUUUAAUGAGGACUUUAACGACGAGGAAAUCCCGCCGUUCUCAGGAGGUCUCAAAGGCGACUUCAGCUGGAACUCUGUACUUACGAACGAUAAAAUCGACGAGAGUAUACGAGAGCUUGCCGAUGCCCAUGGCAUCAUUCUCGACCCAGCUUCGGCGCAUAAUCGGUCGCACGUCGUAUCCGAUCAAUCUAGGUCUAUGGAAAGCCCGCCUCCUUCGAAUGCCAGCAACGAUGAUGACUUUCAACCACAGGAGGACUUCCACGUAGACCCUCAUCUGGACUUGACGGUCAGGGGCGUGGGUAUUCCGCCCCCCGGGGCCAGAGAGCAGUUGGCCACACCCUCUCCUAACGCACUCACUGAUGCAACGCAAUCUUUGUUUAAGUACAUGCCGCCGUCCCCACGCCCCUUGUAUGACGAUGAUCACCCGUGGGCGGACACGUGUUUUGGCUUUGACGAUAAUAAUAAUGUUCUAGAUAGUAUUUGGUCCUGAGAGAGAUCCUUUUAGAUGAAAAUAGUAAUUCUCUUUCUCGCGCUAAUACCAUUCCCAUUGACACAAAAAGAAUUAAAUUCUGAAGCAGCUCAUUUCGACUAACAGAUCAAUUCUGUAAAGGAGAAUUGUCGGUUUGAUUUGCAUUUAUUAUUGUCAAAAAGGCUAUGUUAUCCGACUUUCAAAAAGUAAUAUAUCGAUUGCUUGAAUGUUUACCGCCAAGCUUGCACAUGCUAUACAACUGUCUUGGUAACGUGUAAAAUAAAAUGAAUAAGAUAAGAAAUUCUAUAAUGUCACAUUUCAAUCAUUAGUUGUGGGUUUUUCUGAUGACGGAAAUUUGAUAUUAGUCUUAAAAUCUAGAAUUUUAGUAAGUUAUUAUGUUUGAAAUAUUAAUAGUAAUAGAUAUUAUCAAAAGGAAUAAGAAUAUAAUUAAUAAGGUGUUCAUAAUUCGGAUUUCUUUCAUCUUUUCUUGAGUGAUAUGCUCUUUGAAUGUAAAUAAAGAGGUUGCCAUAGGUAACGUAUUUUUUCGAAGCUUUGUGUGAAUAAGUUUAUCAAAAUUAUUGUAAAUAGAAAUACUAAUGCCUUCAUCCGACUAUACAGAAUUGCCUUCCCUUGCGUGUCCCUUUCCUUAGCAAGGCUAGUUCUCUCUCGGAAUUUAGUUUUUUGUCCAUGCUCCAUGGUCCAUGAGUAUGGACCUCUGGAUCAUCGUGCAGGAAUCUUGUCGGUAUGAGUUUCCAGUAUGUGGAAAUUAUCAAAACUUGUAAGUAAUUUUAUGAGAGGUGUGUUCAGAAAUAUAAAUAAAAUCGAGUGUUUUUAGUA